ACCAUCUCAGAGAUUUGUCCAAAAAGAAACCUAGGAAAUCACAAGGCAUCUCAGGCAAGUGUGCCAAUGAGUCAGGCCUGACCCUGAAUGUGCCAUGCAAUAUAUGGAGCCCGGAGGCAGGCCUGCUGGACAUGCUGGUGAUGAACCUGGUCCCUGCCUACCAGAAAGGCAAUCUCUUCUAUGUUGGAAACUUCCUCCACAAUUAUAGACAUUGGGGGACAAUGGAGCAAGUGCUGGAUAUUGUGUUUAAAAACAGCCUUUGUUCCAUCUUCACCAUGUGGAUGGACUGCUAUCCUGCAGAUUUCCGAGAGCCCCAGAACCGACACCCGGUGAAAGAACUUACCCACUAUGCCAUGCUCCACAUGCCCUCCUCAGAUCUGGUCCUCCAUCUCCACCUUCAUCUGGAUGAGCUGGAGGAGACCGGGAAGAAUGAGACCAAGAAACAGAGGAAGAAGUCCCUGUGUGGUCACCUCAGAGCUUGUCUCGAGACUCUGGUCUCAGCCAAGAGAAGGAUGGGUGCCUCAGUCAAAGCUGUAGACACUGGAUCAGUGGCAAGCCACGAAGCAACCAUCUCAGAGAUUUGUCCAAAAAGAAACCUAGGCAAUCACAAGGCAUCUCAGGCAAGUGUGCUAAUACGUCAGCCCUGACCCUGAAUGUGCCAUGCGAUAUAUGGAGCCCGGAGGCAAGCCUGCUGGACAUGUUGGUGAUGAACCUGGUCCCAGCCUACCAGAAAGGCGAUCUCUUCUAUGUUGGAAACUUCCUCCACAAUUAUAGACAGUGGGCAACAAUGGAGCAAGUGCUGGAUAUUGUGUUCAAAAAGUACAGAUUACCGGGCAGUAACUCUGAGGAAGAUGAACAAAUAAAGAACACCCUUUGUUCCAUCUUCACCAUGUGGAUGGACUGCUAUCCUGCUGAUUUCCGAGAGCCCCAGAACCGACACCCGGUGAAAGAACUUACCCACUAUGCCAUGCUCCACAUGCCCUCCUCAGAUCUGGUCCUCAAUCUCCACGUUCAUCUGGAUGAGCUGGAGGAGAGCAGCAA